AUGGAUGGCACGGGGGCCACUCGCGACGUGCGGCCCAGCGGCCAAGGGCUCCUGCUGCUUCCAAAAUCUUCAGGGCUGCCCUGGGCCACCAAGGCGUGCCAGGCCAACUGCGCGCCGCAGUGCACCAACCCCUGCAAUCAGGUCUCCACCUGCCCAGCGGGAAUGCGUGUGCGGGAAGCUCCGCGAAUGCUGCUCGAUGGCGUCGCCAUCCGCUUCUCACGUGCCGCCUUCCUCCACGCCAUCUGUUUCCGUUUCUCCGUCCUUCGUGCCGCCGUCGGCCACGCCGUCCGUGACCCCGACCACCUCUGUGACCCCGUCGCCUUCGCCGUCGUUCAUCGCGCCCUCGCUCUCUUCGACGCCGCACGCGGGCAACGCGACAAGUCCAGGGUUGUGGGCUGCCUUUCGGUCUCGACCUGCGGAGCCGUGGCCCUGUACUACUACCGUAAGAAGCAGCGAGUCGAGGAACUCGGCAUGCCCACCUCUGCGGACAACCGGGCCUACGCCCAUCUGGAGACCGAGGACGAAGAGGGCCUGUUCGACGGGGCCGAGGACGACGAAGAGGACCUGCCGGACCCGUUCGCCGAGGAGUUCGUCGCCCGCGAGAUGGAGAUGCGCCAGCUCUCGACAUCGCCACCAUCGCCGCGGACGCCAUCGUCGGCCCUGCCGCCACCAUCAUCAUCGUCACAGACCGCCCCGAAUGGCAACGGCAACCACUUCGCGAUUGGUGACGAGAACGAGCUGGUGGUGCGCGACGAUCCCGUGGAUGAAGUGGAAGAGGGCGUCGAUAUGUUCGCUGAGAGGGACUAG